AUGCUUAACGCCCUUGGUUGUAAGAUAGAUUACACUAAAGACUUACUUCACAUAGGUAAAAUUACAACCAAACUAUUCUUCAAUGAACCUGUCUAUUUAAUUCCGCCAAGAUCCGAAACCAUAGUCGAAUGUUCUAUCUCCAAUCCUGAAUUAAAAGAAGGAUUAAUUCUAGAUCAAAAGAUUUCCCCUAACCUAUUGGUGGCUAACUGCAUAGUCACUGUAAAGGAAAAUAAAAGAAUAAAUGUAUCAGUCUUAAACAUUUCCGAAGAACCUAUAAACCUGAAAUCGAACUUUAAUCUUAACUUAAUUCCCAUAGACACUUAUAAACCCGAUAAUCCUACGGUAUUUAUUAAUCAUAUAAGUACAACUAAGUGUACUAUUCAAAGGACUAAAGAAGUCUUAAAUCAACUACGCAUUUCACAUUUAAAUAGCGAAGAAAAAGAAGCUCUACUUCAAUUAUGUUCUAAUUAUUCAGAUAUAUUCCAUCUUCCUAAUGAAAACCUCACUUAUACUAAUGCCAUAAGACAUGAGAUAAGGACGACCACUGACGUCCCAAUUCACACUAAAACGUAUCGUUUUCCAGAGAUCCAUAAAGUCGAAGUUCGUAAUCAAAUCGACAAAAUGUUAAAACAAAAUAUAAUUGAACCUUCAAAUUCACCUUGGUCCUCACCAAUUUGGGUGGUACCCAAGAAACUAGAUGCAUCUAACGUUCAAAAAUGGCGUGUCGUUAUCGAUUACCGUAAGUUGAAUGAUAUCUCAAUAGGCGACACGUAUCCUAUUCCUCAGAUUGCAGAAAUCUUUGACCAACUCGGAUGUAGCAAAUACUUCUCCACGUUAGAUCUAGCAUCAGGAUUUCACCAACUCCAACUUAGGGAAGAAGAUAAACCCAAAACAGCCUUCACAGUACCUGAAGGUCAUUUCCAAUUCUGUAGAAUGCCAUUCGGAUUAAAAAAUGUCCCAGCAACCUUCCAAAGGUUGAUGAACUCGGUAUUGUCUGGACUCCAAGGAGACAGGUGCUUCGUUUAUUUAGACGACGUAGUCUGCUACUCUCCUGAUCUUAACAUACAUAUAAAAAACCUAGAAUCUAUCUUCCAGAGAAUGCGCGAAUUCAACCUUAAAUUACAACCCGACAAAUGCGAAUUUCUACGUCGCGAAGCCGGUUAUUUAGGGCAUAUUAUUUCCGAAGACGGCGUCAAACCAAAUCCAGACAAGGUCAAAGCCGUAAUUAAAUUCCCAAUUCCUAAAAAUCCUAAAGAUAUAAAAUCUUUCCUCGGCCUUGUUUCAUACUAUCGAAGAUUUAUCCCAGACUUUUCUAACAUUGCAAAACCCCUUACUUCUCUCCUCAAAAAAGAUCAAAUCUUUUCAUGGGAAAAUCAACAACAACUAGCUUUCGAAUUCCUUAAAGAAAAACUCACUUCAGCACCAGUCUUAAGCUAUCCCGAUUUCACAAAACCUUUUAUUCUUACAACGGAUGCAUCCAAUCAUGCUCUCGGAGUAGUCCUCUCACAGGGACCAACAGACCAUAUUUAUAUGGACAGAAAUUCCAAAUCGUCACAGACCAUAGACCACUUUAAGUGGCUAUUUAACCACAAAGACCCUUCAAGUAAGCUGCAACGUUGGCGCCUCAAGCUCGAGGAAUACGACUACGAGAUCGUAUAUAAAAAGGGAAAAUUAAAUUCCGCCGCCGACGCCUUAUCUCGGUAUCCUGUAAAUCCCAUAUUUCCAAUAGAAAAUCCUAUUAGCAUUCCAAAUCCACAAGAAGCCACAUUAGAUUCAGGUCUGAUGGAUCUCCUUGUUACUCCGCCAUCAUUUAAUCCAGAUGACGCUUUCAUAUCACCUAUUCCUGUGGAAACCACAUCACACCCUGAAAUCCAAAACGAAAACGUACCUGAUUCCCCUAUUGACCCUCAAAGAGUCUUAGACGAAUUCCUGAAUCUGGAAUCUCCACCAGAUACAGAUAUCCCAACCAUUCCUGAAUUCCCUGAAAUUCCUAACAUCGAUUCUCCUAUCACACAGGAUUCAGACCGAACUGAACCCUUAAUUCAAGAACUAUUUAAUGGAAACUAUUCGCAAUUUUCUAAAUUAACAAAAUCUAAAACUUUUGAGUCUAACGCUAAAAUCCUAGAGUCAAAUACGUCUAUACUUAAAAGCUCCGACAAAGUUAUUAUCAUCCCGACCUCAAUCGACCUAGACGAAAGCAAUCCCUAUGUCGAAGAAUUACUUUCGGAACUACCCAAUAAAGAGGAAUUCCUAAAUAAAGAAAGAACCCUUUAUUCAUUCAUCCCAUUAAAACUCCACGAUAAAAUAAUAUAUUUACUAUUUACAAAAGUUCACCAUUUCGACAAUUCGUCAUAUGAAGAUAUUUAUAUUAGCUUAAAAACUUUACGUGAUGAAAUUAUUUCUAAAUCUUUCCAACAAAUAAGUAUCACAAACUUUAAAGAUCCUUUCGAAUCACAUAUAUACACAAAACUGUAUAAUAUAAUUUUAAUUCUAUUUCAUAAUACAAAUAUCUUCAUCACUAUUCAUAAAGAUAGCCUCAUUUUCCCAUCACUUUCCGAAAUAAAGAAAAUCCUAAAGGAAAACCAUGACAUACCCAUUGCAGGCCAUUUAGGCACUAUUCGCAUGGUCAAACGCAUCCAGGAAAAAUAUCACUGGAAAGGCAUGCGUAGUGACAUAGAAAACUAUGUAAGAUCGUGUAAAUCAUGUCAAGAAAAUAAAGCCUUGAGAAAACUAAAUAGAGCACCGAUGCAAAUUACUACUUCUUCCACUAUCCCUUUUCAACGCAUCGCAAUGGACAUAGUAGGUCCCUUACCUGAAUCAGGAACUGCAAAAGUAAAAUUUAUAUUAACCCUACAAGAUGACCUAACAAAGUUCUCCAUUGCAUACCCAAUCCGUUCUACAACCGCCGAAGAAACAAGCGACUGUUUAAUACAUUUCAUUACUCUCUUCGGUAUACCUAAAAGUAUUCUUACCGAUCAAGGUACUAAUUUUACAUCAAACCUUUUCAAGAAAACGUGUGAUUUCAUGAAAAUCAAACAACUUUGGUCAAGUCCCUAUCACCCACAGACACAAGGCGCCCUAGAACGUAGCCAUUCCACUUUAAAAGAAUACCUAAAAUCAUUCGUCAACCAAGACCAAGAUAAUUGGCCUAGAUAUGUGUAUACUGCUAUAAUGACUUAUAACACAUCCGUACAUUGUACAACUAAUUACACCCCUUACGAACUUUUGUUCGGACAGAAACCUUUAAUACCUGACUCAAUUUAUAAUACAGAACCCGAUAACACAUACCCUGAAUAUCUCAAAAUGCUAACGCAUAGCGUAUUGGCCUACGGAGAAUUCAUACACCCAAUCACUCAUAGCCCUGGACUGUAUUUUGAUCCAAUUGGGAAACUAAACAUAAACACUGGUUAUUUAGAUAUUGUUUCACCUUUCGAUAUAUCACACAUAGAACCGCACUUAGGAAAUAUAAAUUCAAUUCUAGUGACUGUUAAAUACAUCUGUCGACAACUCCAAUUAGAAACAAUAGACAACUUAGAGUGUCAAAACAUAUUAGAACCCUUAACAGUCAGAUACAACGACCUAGUAAAUGAGUUUUCAUCCAUUUCCCAUUUAACGGACAGUAACAGACGUAAGAGAUCACCCUGGCUUGGUGGCAUCGGAUCCCUUGCUAAAAUUGUUUUUGGCACCUUAGAUGAAGACGAUGCUAUCAAAUAUGAUAACGCAAUACGUAACAGUGAAAAUAAUGAAAAAAGAUCCUCUCAAUCAAAUCCUGCUGAACUCCCCACUACUCAAGUUAUAACAGAUCGCAACCGUGACCCCGUAUGGGAUAUCAUCGCGAUCACACCUCAGGGUGCCGUUGCCGACCAAGCGCUGCCUGAAAUCGCAGCGCCCGUUGACGACGACCUUCCUGUGGACGAGCAGGAGGACGAGGACUUGGCGGCGGCUCAAGAGCCAGCCCCGGUCCGACGACCCUUGCGACCCAGGAAUCGCCCGACGGUGAACAUGUUAGGAUGGAGGCCAGCAAGAACGCUCGACAAGAGCCAGCUCUCUGAGCUCAGGAACUUAUUUGAAGACGUCCCCGCCGAUGUGGCCCACGUGCGCCGCACCAUCCCAAGAUAUGCGUACAGUCCCGAGCUAUUUGAGUUAGCUCUACGCCGCAUACGUGAGAUCCGGAACUACAAGACGGUUCCACUUCCAACAAACCGAGGCGGAUCAAUAGCCCAACAGCUGAUUUGGGACCCGGAGCCAGAACAACUAGGCUACCUGGACAGACAGUCAGCGAGUCAGGGCGCGAUCACCUCGCAUACGAAGAUCCACGCGCGGAUCGCUACCAUCUCAAAAUAA